AAAUAAAUAUUAGUCCAAGCAUUUUAUAUUUUGGUACUCCACUACACUGUGCUAUUGAAACUGGUAAUGCUAAUAUUAUCAAAUUAUUAAUAACUAAAGGAAAGGCUUAUGUGAAUGCUAUGAAUGAGGACAACAGUACUCUAUUGUUAUAUGCUGUUAAGAAAGGUAGUAUUGAAGCUGUUGAUAUUUUAUUAACUAAUGGAGCUAGAACUGAUGUUGUGUCUGAGCAUUUUGGUAAUCCAUUACACUGUGCUAGUCAAACUGGUAAUGCUAAUAUUAUCAAAUUAUUAAUAACUAAAGGAAAGGCUGAUGUGAAUGCUGUGGAUAAGAAAAACAGAACUCCAUUGCUUUAUGCUGUUGCUAGUGAUAGUAUUGAAGCUGUUGAUAUUCUAUUAACUAAUGGAGCUAGAACUGAUAUGCCAGAACUCCUCACUCAAUCAAUGCUACAUGGUGACCAGUGUGUUCCAUUAUUAGUUGUUUGUCAACACCUUCGUAUUAAACUGGUUGCUGCAGUUGCUCAUAAAGAAUGA